AUGAGGACCCUGCUGCGGCACCACAGGCAGGAGCUCCUGGAGCUGAACGGCCAGUCGCUGACGGCCGCGCUCGAGGCCGAGGAGAUUCCGGGGGUCGAGGAGGCGGAGCUUGUCGCGCUGGCCCUUGAUUGGUUGGACGCCAACGGGCCACUCCCACUGCUGAAGUCCAACCUGCUGCUGAGUCGCCUUCGCUUCGGACUGGUCCCCUCGUGUGACCUCAUGCGUCUGAGCGGCUCCCACAAGGCCCUGGCCACGCCCCUCGUUAGAAGUCAGCUGACCAAGGCGCUUGAGUACCACAGGCUAGGAUCGGCUCAGCCAAUCAGGCAGACCAGACAGUCCUCGCUCAGAGCGUCGCCCAAUCGCGUGCUUCUGGUCGGUGGAGGGGAGAGCCCCGAUUGGCCGGGCCAACAGAUCCUGACCUUCGACCUCAGGGACAGCACGUUCUCGCCCUUAAAGUCCCGCCUCCCGCGUAGGCUGAGGAACCACUGCGUCUGCUCGGUGGGGGGGUUCCUCUUUGUGAUCGGCGGAGACCUGGUGUCCGAGGGCGACGAGGGAGGGGGCGGGAAGUCCGUCGCCACGACGACGUCCAACGAGGUGUGGCGCUACGACCCUCGCUUCGACGAAUGGGUGAAGGCGGCGUCCAUGCUGGAGCGGCGCUCCAGGUUCUGCUGCUGCGUGGUGGCCGACGUCAUCUACGCCAUCGGGGGGCGCCAGACGCGCCCGGGGGCCCCGACGCACACAGCCCUGUCCUCCGUGGAGUGCUACAACAUGGCCCACGGCGGGUGGCGGCGGGGGGCCGCCAUGCCCCGCCCCCUUCACGGCCACGCCUCCGCCGUGCUCGGCACCGCGGUGUACGUGUCGGGCGGGAUCCCCGGCAACCCGGGCGGGGUCCGCUGUCCCCCCGGGGUCCACGCCGACCGCCCGGAAGGAGCGGGGGGGGUCCGGGACGGUAACCGCGGCGACCGCGGCGAGUGCAGCCGCGAGCUGCUGCGCUGGGAACCGGGCGCCGGCGGGAAGACCUGGGAGCCGAGGGCGUCCAUGUCCAUCGCGCGGUUCGGCCACCGCAUGGCCGCGCUCGGCGACCACCUCUACGCCCUGCUGGGCAUGCACGAGCCCUUCUGCGACAUCGAGCGAUACGACUGGCCGUCGGACCACUGGACCCGCCUGCGGCCGCUCACCGUCGGCGCAUCCUGCUACGGGAUGGCCAAGACGCCGAGCGGGACCCUGCUGCUCUUUGGCGGCAGGAAGUGGAGCGAGGGGCAGGAAGUGACAGUGCGCAGCGUGCUGGAGUACGACGUGCUGCGAGACCGAUGGAAGGACGUCUGCCUCCUCCCUGAGCCCCUGACCGGCACGGAGUGUACCCUUCUGCCCCUGCCCGACUGGGGCCCAAAACCCUGACCCGCACCUUAACGCUGAGCUCAGAGUGGAUAUUAGGGAACAUUUGAUGCAGAAGACAGCGUCCUCUGUAAUAGCUCCACCCGCCCUGCCCGGCCGUCCACUUCCUCCAGCGUUAUAACCAUCUGUGUAUAUUCUGACAUUUAAUACGAGCCGCAGCUACUUGCUGAGAAUUUGACAAAUGAUAUGGCUGUGGCAAGUGAUGAUCAGACAAAAUGACGUCCACGCCCCUGCACCGAAGGGCAUUUGCAUGUUUUGUAUUCCUGCGACCAACCAAAUGUAAUCUUGCGAAAAAGGGAAAUGCCAAAGAUCAUAUCUGAAAUGGGUUUGUUUUGCCGGGACUGUUGUGUAGGGAGGAAAUACUCCACAGCUAUCCGGAGGCGAAGCUAUAUAUUUAUUAGGAUUUGUUGAUAAAUGUAUGCGCCACAUUUUCCAUUUCUAGACUCUGUGAGAAAGCUAACUCAAGCCAGUAGAUUAAUUAUUUAAAAAAUGUUUAACUUAUGAGUAUAGAAGACAGGAAGUAUGGGGAAGUAAAGUCUAAAGUGAAAAUAAUUGGGUUGUUGUUGUUUUACGAAGUUUUAUGAAGUGCUACUACUUUUCUACAGUAUUUGUUUGUAUGUAACUGGCUUCCUUGUUUGAA